GCGGCGUUCACUGACCUCGCUAUUGGGUCAGUAUAUAAGAGGCUUCUGCACCCCUUGGCCUCUCACUUUGGAUUCAAAACCAAACCGAAACAAUGCAAAUCUCGCGGGUGCUCCUGGCGGCGGCGCUGGUGGUGGGCGUGUGCUACGGACAACUGGACAUCCCUUCUGUGUCCGAUGCAGAAAUGAAUGAAAUCCUCAGCGACAUUCCGAGAGUGGCACAGUGCCUCACCGAGCCUGAUGACAGGUGCCACCCUCUCACUGCCACAGUUCGAAACAUCCUACCAGAACUGUACAGAAAUGGGCUGAAGUGCAAUACCUGUAGUCCACAGAGUAAGAGGAACAUCGACCAGUUCAGGACUGUUCUGACGAGGCGCGAGAACAGCCAAUAUAACAGGCAGAUCUUGCAGUGGGUCACGAAACAGUUAUAAGUGAGGACCCUACCCCCUCCCACCCACCUUU